AUGGUGGCAGCAGUCCGGUUGUAUUAUUGCCAAUUGCAACAUAGUAUAGUGCGGAAUACAAAGCAUAUACAUCCAAAAGCGUUAUAUGUCGAGGCUCUCUACACUAUCACUCACAAGGUUGGUAAGGAAGAGUGCGAAAGCAAGGAGAAUUUGUAUAAGUAUGUACGCUCGGCUUUUCAAGUGGACACACAGCUGCAUAAUACACUCAUGGAAAAAGCCAAACAAAAUAAGCCUCCAGUCAUUCUUCUGAACGUUCUUCUUCUUGAAGCCAAAGAUCUCAUCGCAAAGGACGUCAAUGGAUUUAGCGACCCAUUUGCUAUGAUGGGUGUGGUUCCCGGAAAACGAGAGAUACCAGAAGUUAUCGUUGCAAAUGAAGAUGAACCUCUCAAGUCUCCAAGGAAUCAGCAAAAGCGCGACGGCGUCCUUCACAGAUUCGGUGGUUCAUUUCGUCGAAAAGUUGGAAAAAAGACCUCUAAGAUAUACGGUGGUACCAUACCGGCAAAGCUGAUUAAAGCGAGCUCGGUCCAGAAAAAAACAUUGAAUCCUCAGUGGAAUGAGAAAUUUCUGUUCAUAGUGGAUGAUGUCCAAACGGAUCGAUUUCAUAUGGACAUAUGGGAUCAUGAUGACGAGGAACAAUCUGUUUUGGAUGCCGUCUCGUCCUUAAAUCAAAUUACUGGAGGAUUUAAGGGACUCGGACGUUUCUUCAAAGAAGUCGCACAAAGUGCUCGAGCUGAUUCUGACAACACCACUGACGACUUCCUUGGAUGUAUCUCCAUGAAUCUAAGUGAUAUUCCUCCAGAUGGCAAAGAGUACUGGUUUCCAUUGCAGCCUCGCUCAGAGAAAAGCAAAGUGUCCGGUAGCGUUAAGUUGAAGCUGUGGUUAUCCACACGUGAAGAACGGCUUGAUACGGAAGAGGACGAUUUGCUCGAUGUUAAAGAACAUAUUGAACUUAUGAGACAGUUUGCACUGCAUGAGAUUCGCCUUAGUGGGGCACCAGUCCGACUUUGGGAUGGUGUGUUUCCCGAUAAAGCAAACACUAUUCUCCGGCAACAUGCUGUGCAAGGGGAUCUAACAGAAAUUCAUUCGGCUAUGUGCCGAUGGCUCGCAUUCUAUUCAAUGAUAUCCAUCGACGUAUCGUUCUCUCUUCUUUCUAAAGCUCUACAGAAUAUUUUAGAUAAGUGGCAGCCAAUGACGUUGGACAAGGCUGAGGAGGAUAUGCUGACAAAUUCAUUUUCUGCAUUCGAUUCAUACUGCAAGAGGGCAUUUGGUGAUCAUCGUCGACAGUUUCAUCCAUCUAAGAGGAAUGCAGCUGAGGAAUUUGCCUGCCUGGUUAGGUGUAUGAAAUCGCUGCGGGAUUCGCCAUUUUAUCAGAAGUACCUCCCAUACAAACGACCUUUCCAUGCUCAUCUGGAGUCACUCAUAGUUAAGAGUGCUGAAGACUUCUUUGACGAAACCGUUGAAAGUGUACAAGACGAUGAUCCGUGUAAAGAGUUGCUGAAAUUACUAGCUGUAAUAAAUGGCAGUUGCUCAAGAUUCCAACAGUAUGCAAAUAUUGUGCGUGAACUUGGGAGAAUCGACUACUGCCAAGUUACUCUAUCCAUAUGGGAUAGGAUGCUAGACGAAUACCUCACAUCAGAGUUAAUGAGUGAGCAUAAAGCCGAUCUUCGGUCACAGUUGAAACUCUCAGCGAGCCAAGAUCCGCCGAAUGAGGAUGACCUGGUAGAUUUAGUUCGCAUACAUAUGGCGUUUGUCGAAUUAAGAAACUAUCGACUUGCCAAUCGCGUAAGGGGUAAAGAUUUAUCAGAAUGGUAUGGUCUGUUUAACAGAGGGAUAAGAAAAUUCCUUGAUCUAGCCAAGGAGAAGGCACUAGCACGAAUUUCACUUAGCUGUCAGCUUGAUGUUCCUAUUUGCACAUCGUCUAAUGAUAUGCGCCAUUCCAGCAGUCACAUUGACGUUUGUCAUAUCAUUGAGCAGAUGACAGUGUGCUGGGAACGAAUUGACGUUAGUGAACUCACGCUGAAAAUUGACUAUACCAGAGCUUUUGUCGAUAUUCUUUGCGAUAUUGUUAUCACAUAUACUCAGAAGAUAUUCUACAAUUUGGACACUGAAGGUUUCACCGGUGAUAUCCAAGUGUUUGUGCCAUCACCGUUGCUACAACUGUUUUGUUCGGCAAUCAACAACUGUGAACAAGUGAGGCGGAGUCUAAUGAUUCACGAAAAGCUUCAUUUAGACGACUUAGCGAUCGCCUAUGAGAGAGCCGGUCAUGGUACGGCGUCGUGGAAAACUGUUAUUGAGCAGCGUCUUGAGGAGACGGACCUGACAGUUUGCACUGAAAUUGAUCGGGUGGUCGGAUUGCUCACAUCCCGAUUACGUCCUCAAAUGAAAAAACAUGUUUUCCACUUAGCAUGGAGUCCAACGGCGCACCCUGUGGAGGACUCGCUUAAGCCGUUGACUGAUAUGAUUGACAUCGAACUUUCGUCUGUGCAUAAGAACCUUCUACACAAAAACUUUCUUCGAGUAAUGUCAGCACUUGUUGGAAUCGUUGCAAAUCUUCUGAAGGAAUGUGUCGAUGAGAAUCCUGGAAUGGAACCGGCAUUUUAUCAACGUCUUUUCGUGGCGUGGCAUGUUCUUGUUGAUUUUUUCCAUGCAGGUGGUAAAGGGUUAUCAAUAGAAGUACUGGAGACGUCUUCUCACCAUAUGGCCUUGGUCAAAAUACUAUCGUUGAAUCAAACACCUACGCAACAGCUCAUUGAGAAAUAUUACAAGGAUCUUCUCAAGCAACAAAACGAGGUGAGUGAGUGUAAAUAUGGAAUACUAAACGUUCGAGCAUACUACAACACAAGCUCACAGACGCUUGUACUCGAUGUAAUUGGAGCCAAACAAGUGAUUCCUCUGGAUGCUAACGGUCUUUCGGAUCCGUUCGUCGUUAUUCGACUCGUUCCCAAAUACAGAUAUCCGACACAGGUUGUAAGCAAAACAAGAGUCGUCAGCAAGACUCUAAACCCUAUAUUCGACGAAACGUUCGAAUUCCACAUUUCACCUAAGCUGCCACCAUGCGCCAUGCUGCAUUUCACCGUCAUGGAUCAUGAUUAUCUACGAUCAAAUGACUUUGCUGGGGAAGCUUUUCUGGAACUGGCCGAUGUUCCCGGCUUCGGUGUGGCUGGCGGUAACACCUUGCGUCAAUUUAAUCUAAUUCUUAUCCAACCAGAACAAAAUAAUAAGGAAAUCAUAGAUGUGUUGGCCAGCAGAAAAGAAGACAAAGAAGCUCUUGAAUUUCUUCGAUCGAUUAGUACAGUAUAUUGA